UGGGAUGCUCUUCGGAGGUGGCCUCGGCUUUCGGCAGCCGCCGCGAUGCCGGGCGGAGGGCGCUGCCCCGAGUGUGGCUCCGCCGAGCUCGUGGAGGACUCACACUAUUCGCAGAGCCAGCUGGUGUGCUCCGACUGCGGCUGCGUGCUCACCGAGGGGGUCCUCACCACCACCUUCAGCGACGAGGGCAACCUCCGAGAAGUAGCAUAUUCCCGAAGCACCGGAGAAAAUGAACAAGUUAGUCGCAGCCAGCAACGAGGCCUCCGCCGCGUGAGAGACCUCUGUCGCGUUCUGCAUUUGCCAUCAACAUUUGAAGACACGGCAGUCGCCUACUACCAACAGGCGUACCAGCACCCUGGGAUCCGCGCAGCUAGGCUGCAAAAGAAGGAGGUGUUGGUGGGAUGCUGUGUCUUAAUCACCUGCCGGCAGCACAACUGGCCCCUCACCAUGGGGACCAUUUGCACCCUGCUGUACGCAGAUCUGGACGUGGUUUCUGGCACCUACAUGCAGAUAGUGAAGCUUCUGGGACUGGAUGUGCCAUCUCUGUGCUUGGCAGACCUGGUGAAGUCCUACUGUAGCAGCUUCCGGCUGUUCCAGGCCUCCCCGGCGCUGCCUGCCAAGUAUGUGGAGGACAGGGAGAAGGUGCUGUCGCGGACCCUGCAGUUGGUGGAGCUGGCCGACGAGGCGUGGCUGGUGACCGGGCGGCGCCCCCUGCCCAUCGUCACUGCCGCCACCUUCCUGGCGUGGCAGUCGCUGCGGCCGGCGGACCGGCUCUCGUGCUCCCUCACGCGGUUCUGCAAGCUGGCCAACGUGGACCUGCCCUACCCCGCGUCCUCUCGCCUGCAGGAGCUGGUGGCCGUGCUGCUGCGUAUGGCGGGCCAGCUGGCCUGGCUGCAGGUGCUGAAGCUCGACAAACGGUCCGUGGUGAAGCACAUCGGCGACCUGCUCCAGCACCGCCGCACUCUCCUCCGCAAGGCCUUCGGGGACGAGGCACCGCCGGGGCCGGGCUCCAAGGGGGCCGGGAGCAGCGCCUCUGCCUUGCCGGGGGAGCGGCCAGCAGGCCCCGCCCUGCUCCUCCCGCCCUGCAUGUUGAAGCCCCCCAAGCGCAUCUGCCCCGUGAGCCCAGCCCCCGCAGUCACUGGGGACGAGAACAUUUCCGACAGCGAAAUCGAGCAGUACCUGCGCACGCCCCAGGAAGUGAGGGACUUCCAGAGAGCCCAGGCGGCUGGGCAGGGCCCCGCCAGUGCCCCCAACCCGCCCUGAAGACGCGCCUGCCCCUCCCACAGUGCGGCUGGCUGUUCCCACGGUGGCCUGGCCUGGCCAGGGAUUAAGUGCACGUGCAGCCUGAGGUACUGGCCCGUUUCGGGGCCAAAGCGGUUUCAGCAGUGUCCGAAACAGGAGGAAUGCAGGCCGAGUGGGCCGAGUGAGCCGCCCCUCGGUGCCAGAGCCAGCCGGGAACAUUCCUUCGCUCUUGGGCGGCUUUCCUCGGAGAAUGUUGGGCAAGGCGGGCGUCCACUGGUUCAGAUUGGACACGCUGCUGGUGUGGCGCCGUCCGCCUUCCCACCAGUAUCAGCUCUCAGCAGGGUGGGAACGCGCCAGGCCCUCG